AUGCCGCAUAGAGACCCUCUCGAUCCGUCAAACAGCACAUGGCGCGCGUACGUGCGGGACGCGCUCGUCGCACUUAAACUUACCCUCUUGUCGUCGAGGGGAAAGCUCCUCCGGGACUGGGUAUUCGUGCCCCUGGGCAUCUUUGCCAUCCUAGGCGUCUGCUACGGCGUUGACACGCUCUUCCGCAGGGUGUCGGUUUCGUUCCCGGCGUCGGUGGCCUGUCUGGCGCUGCUGUUUGUCGGGCUGCUGCUUUGCGAGGCGGUGCUGGGGACCCAUGCUACGCGGAGGGCUGUCGGCGUCAUCAGCGUGCCGGCGGACUGGAGUCUGAGAUGGAUCGGGCUGUGCUUUACGCCGUCGUUUGUGACGAUUCCGCUGAGCCCGGCGAUUGGGGUCGGUGAGGUCUUUAAGAUUAUCGCCGUGUUCGGGGGAGGAGCAGUCGUCGGGUUCGCCAUCAUGAUGGUGCUGGCGGCGUACAUGACGCGCGGGCUGCAGCUCGUGCUGGGCGCGACGAAGCGUUCCGAGAUUGUUGAUCGCGGCGACGACAUAAGCCGCCGCGGGCACGACGAGAUGCCGCUUCACCAGCGUCGCGCCGACUCCGACGACAUCGCCAGCCCGCCGCAGCUCCGGCUCCAGCAACACCACUACUCGCAGAGCAGCACUGCAGAGUCGUCGUCGUCGUCUCUGCCCGACUAUCCGGCCCAGGCGCCGCCUCCCCCGGCCCGGUGUGCGCUCUACGCGGCCAGGCUGGCAUCGCAUCUCGACGCCUCCAUCUUCGCGCUCGUGCUGCUGGCCGGCAUCCCCGUCUACUACGCCUCGGGCUACGCCAUGCCGCUGCACCUCGCCGUCACGACGCUCUGCUACCGGCUGGCCCUCGCGACGCCGGGCCCCUGGCAGCGCUACCUGCACCCGGUGCUCACGGCCUCGCUGCUCGCCGUGCUCGUCAUCUGGCCGCUCGCGCUCGCCCACGGCUCCGGCCUCACCGCCGCGCUGCGCUCCUACAAGACGGGCGCAAACUACACCCGCCUCUGGCGCCGCGAGCCCGGCCCGCCUCUCCUCCCCGGCGCGGGGGACGUCUUCUCGACCGUCCUCGACGCGAGCAUCGUGUCGCUCGCCCUGCCCAUGUUCCAGUACCGCCGCGAGCUCAAGCGCCACCUGGCCACCCUCGCCAUCCCCAACGUCCUCAUCUCCGUCGGCUCCGUGCUGUCCUACCCGCCCGUCUGCCGCGCCAUCGGCAUUGCGCCCACGCGCAGUCUGGCAUUCGCCUCGAGGAGCCUGACGCUGGCGCUGGCCACGCCCGCCACUGCCAACCUGGGCGGGGAUGCGCAUACCGUCGCCGCCCUGGCCAUAGCGAGCGGCAUCCUGGGUGUCUUGGUGGCCGACAAGAUGAUGAGGUUGCUGAGGAUACCGGAUGACGACUACGUCACACGGGGAAUCACACUGGGCGUCAACUCGAGCGCCAUCGGGACGGCCUUGUUGCUACGGACGGAUCCUCGGGCUGCUGCGCUCUCGAGCCUCUCCAUGACGCUCUUUGGCACUGUCACCGUGCUGCUGACGUCGAUACCGCCUGUGGCGACUAUGAUUCGCGCCUUGGUUGGAUUGUAA